AAAAAAAUACCUUUUCGCGAAGCGACAUGGCUAAGAAACUAAAAUAUUUUCGCAAUUCCGAGUAAUUUUUGUACUUAAUUUGUAUUGGUCUCAAUAUUCUUAGUCUUUGCCUAAUGCAACAUGAGUAAAGGGAAUCCGUUAGGGCUCAUAGCAAGUUACGGCGAUUCUGACGAGGAAUCUGACGAUGGGGCUUCAAAACGUGCACAAAGUAGCAUAACUAUGGAGCCGGUGUAUGAAGCCAGCCAACUCACAGCUGCUAAUGCCGGUAUACACCCUGCGCCGAUACAACAUUGUCCUUGGUCAGCCUGCUAUGAUGAAAAUAGUGGUUUCACUUAUUACUGGAAUCAGCAAACUAAUGCAGUGACCUGGGAAGCUCCGCCGGAAUAUUUGCUAGCUCUAAAGUUAGCACAGCAACAUUUAUACACUUCAGGCUCAGCUGAGGUGACGGCAGAAGAAUGGCAGUUAUACCAACAGGCUCUUGCUGAGAAACAAAAUACACCAAUCAAAGCAAUAGCAAACACUCCAGUCACAAAGUCAGCUACCAAGCAACAAAACAAGUCUUCUUUAAAGGAUAAACUUGUCAAGAAUAGUAAGAAGAGGCCUGUUAGUGAUGAAGAAGAUGAAAAAAUCGAAUUAAUCACCUCCUACCACAACAAUUCAGACUCAGAUUCAAAUGAUGAAUCUAUAAAAACACCAUCCAAAACCCCACCUCCACCAAAACCACCAAUUAAACUGCCAAAUCACCCUCAAAAGAAGCAAAAAACAAAACCCGUUUUGGAAUAUGGACCUCCUCUACCACCGAACCAAGACUAUACAGUACCAAUUGGCCCAGAAUUACCACCUGAACUUUUGGUUGAGCAAAAACCUGAAUCGCCGGUAGCUGAACAGGUUAAAGCAGAAAACUCAGAUGUUGCUGUUGAUGAGGAUAUAAAAGAUCAAGACAUUUUGCAAGACGAUGAUAGUCAAGAGGAAAAAGAACUGUUGAAGAGAUUAAAAGAUAAAGCUAAACUAUUAGAAAAACUUGGUGGUGAACUACCUUCUGAAUUACAACAGAUUAUAAAAGAUGAAUCGUUAUCAAGUACCGCGUCGCCUCAAGCCGAUGCAAAGGAUGCAAAUGUUGAUAUUGACGAUUUGCUAGAGGAAAUUGAGAAGAGUGAGCUGCCAAAAGUCAAAUCUAAAGAAAAGGCUAUAUCUAACACCAACAGUGGUAAUGUCUCACCAAGAAGUAGUGAUAGUAGAACACCACCUUUAGAAGAAUUAAAAGCUUUAUUUUCAAGCGCUGUUAAUGGAUCAGAAAAAGUUAGUAGUCUAUUUCCGAGUGCUGCAAAUAUAGGUGAUGUUAAACCAAAUUCAAGGCCGGAAACUCCACCCGUACCAGCGGUAGUAGAAAAAGAAAUUGUAGCAAAAAAAGAAAACUUUUAUUUAAUGGAUGCAAAAGAACUGAAGGAAAAUAUAAGUAAAAAGAAAUUGAGAAUUUCAGUUUUACCGGAACGUAAAAAAGUAGAGAAAGUUGAACUACCGUCGUAUACUACGAAAUAUUCUCAGUUCAUUGAAGGGUUUUCAAGUGAAAGGACUGGUUUAGGGUUUACAAAGGGAGAUGAAGAGGAUAAAGGUAGUAAAAGACCUAGCACUAUAAAAUACGGAAAUGGCUUAACUUUUACAAAGGGUGAGACUCUAAAUGAAGAAAAGAAAGACGAUGAUUUGGACGAUUUGACAGAUCUGCUCGAAGCGAAGCUGAAGUUCUUGAAUCAAUCUUGCGCGCUGUCUCCAGUUCAGGAGAUGACCAUACAAAUGCAGACGCUGUGCCACGCGUUCCGCAGCGGCGCGCUGGCGGCCGGCUACUGGCGGCGCUGGGCGCGCUCGGCGGACGCGGCGCUGCGGCAGCACGAGGCGGCCGCCGCGCCGCCCGGCUGGCUCUGCGUCUUCCAGAGGUCUGAGGGCCGCUACUGCUACCGGCGCGAGUCGGACGGGUUCACGCAGCACGAGUACCCGGCCGUGACCAACACGGAUAUGGAUAUAUGCACCACUCCGCCGCACCCUGGCACCGAGCCUAAGGAGGAGCCUAACCCCCCCUUGCCGCCGAUGCCGCCGCCGGCGCCGCAGCCGCCGUCAGAGCCGCCGUCGCCGCCGGGCUGGUGGGCGUCGCGCGCCACGCCGCCGCCGCCCGGCACCGACCCCCCCGAGCCGCCCGCGCCCCCCGCACCGCCCGCGCCGCAGCCGCCCGCACCUCCCGCCACCCAAGAGCAAAAGAUAGAGAUAGGCGACGAACUCCUAUCCUUCUAUAACGACAUUGCAGCGUUGGAGAAAAAGUCUGGACCAACAGAACCCAGCUCUCCGGAGGUUCCGCCACCGCCGCCGCCGCCAGAAAUAUCGGAGAAACCUGAGAAACUCAAGGAGACAGUCCGGGAAAAAGAGACGACCAGAGAAAAAGAUAUACACAAAGAAGUGUCUAAAGAAAAAGAUUGCAAAGAGAAAGUUGAAAAGGUGAAGAGGAAAUCUAAGGUAAAACUGUCAUCGUCCCUCGGCAUGAAAAAAAGCUCUGUAUCAAGUUUGGUAGCGAAAUGGCAGCAAGUAGCUGAUGAAAUAGAUUCCGAAUGAUCUUUAGCUCCAUUUGUGAUGUAUAGUAUAUGUGUGAGAUUAAGAUUCCCAAGGAUGUUUCGCGUCAUACAGGCAACGCGGCCGGCUGUAAAAAGUUUGUAGCCUUAAUAUAAGGUUGCUCGCUCGCAAUCGAAGAGUUGUUUUCGAGUGUGAAAUACCGUAACAUCGAAGUAAAAUGGAUCUUAUUUGCAUUGUUUUAAAGUUUAAAUACCAUUACAAUUCUUUAGCUCGAGGUUUUGGCAGAACGUUUGGGAAAAAUCAGAAGUACAGAAAAUGCGUCCCUAAAACGAGUGUCAUAAGGUCCACUUUACUUUGGCUAUACAGAUUUCGAUACUCUUAAACGAAUCCGAGAUUGCGAGCGAGAAAAUCUUGUAUUAAGGCUACAGUAUUCCAGUUAAAAGAAGCCAUGUUGUGCCGAGAUAACUGGGGUCCAGGCAAGAAGAAGAAUAUGUCUAAGAGCUUAUAUAAAAUGAUUUUUAUUCUCGCGAUAUAAAUUCCGUUUAGGAAUUUCACCUAGCACGCACUGCGUUUGAAUUUCCUUAAAUUUGUGUUUUAUUUAGGUAUCGGUAUAGAUUGUAUAUAAAUAAUUGUGCGUAUUUAAUCCGUACCGCUUUUUUUAAAUUAAAUUUAUUUGCACCAGGCAGAAAAAACACUUAACGUAUAAUACAAAAUAAAAACUUAAUUAAAAUAGGAAAACAAUACACGCACUACAUAACAAUCUUAAAAUAUAUACUAUACAAAAAUACAAAACGAAAACAUAUGUAAAACCUAAG